UGGAAGGUAGCGCUCGUUUCAUCGGCUAAAAAUUCAUUGUUUUGAGAGGCAAAUAGCUUAUAUUAACCCUUCUACCAAGAGACAAACUAAUGGUAUCCAACAAGGAGUCUAUCUUGCAAUCGAUGGAGAUUUAACUGGUCAGUAUUAAAGAACAAGAAGAAUCAGGACAAUCAGUAACACUACAAAUCACUUCCUGUUUGAGUGUAGAAUUUAACAGGACAAGUCUAACAAGAAGACCGGAAUCUCAAACGCAGAGGUACGUUCCUUUCGUUCCUUUAAAUUCUCUUCGGCGAAGAUUUAUUUCUGAUUCGAUGAGGGCUUUUUCCAGAAAUAAAACGGGUGGUGAAAUACAUAAGGCGAGUCAAGAAGAGGCAUGUUCGUAGAUCAUACGGUGUGAUCCGUCGCGUCUACUAGCUCACGAGAAACAAAUUAUUAUAGAAUGGCGGAUUUGUUAUCUUUCUUUCGUAAAUUGCAGCAAAAUAGAAGGAAAUAUUGUAUAUGUCUAAGUUCUGAGGAUACAUUUAUUUUAUUCAUCCCCGGCAUAGUCAAUCGAAAGAAACCGAACCAAAACUCAAUCGAGCUCAAUCGAAAACAUUUCGAUUGGUUCGGUAAUCGAACAUAAUCGAACUGGAACUUUUCGGUGAGUUAGAUUACCGAACCUCAAUCGAACCAAUCGAACUCAAUCGACGCGAUUAGUGGGGCAGGAACUAGCCUGCGAUCAUGCUCUCUCCCUUUGUCUCUGUAAUCUGUUUUCGGGAGGAGGGCAUGAUACAUUUCUUUCACAGAUCACAUGCAAAAAAAGCCAGAAUCUGGACUUUUUUCUGAUUGGAUAGGAAACAAUUCGGAUGAUUUGCGCUGUUCCGAUUGGCCAAAACGCCGCCAUCCGUUAGUUGUUGUUGAUUUCAGUCUGCAUUUUUGCUUGCGUAAUGAGCAGUGAAUACACACGCGAGGUCGUUAUGAAAUUUCCGGCCAACUCAGUUUUCUUGAAUUCGAAGAGUGUCUAAACAGAAAUUUCAUUCAUUGAAAUAUUUUCCAUUUCAUCGUAUGCUAAACAUUGCAGUCAAGAAUUCACCGAUCAUUUGAAUGCAAUUUGAUACCGGCUACAAGUUACAGAAGCGACAAACGGGUUCUCUAUUCAAAUAAUCAAUUCAUGAAUGGAACCUUGACCUGGUUUGACUGUAAUUUCUCCUUCAGAAACCUGAGAAUUAUUCUGAGCGAUCUUCGCUUUCACAACACUUUUCAUUGCUUUCGGCACAGGACAAAGUCAACGAGCUUUUACCCUUUUACCAGUAAAUCCUUUAUUAUUUGUAGAUGUUAAAUAAAGGUACGGCAGCUCCAGUUAGCAGUAUUUCAUCACAAAAAAGAAACAUUUAAAAUUUUUUUUUUAGUAAGCGUCAUCUGAACGUACUUAAAAAUUUUGUUUUCCUUAAAAUUGAUGUCGAAAGAGACAUUAUUCCCGCCAAAAUUUGAUUCCCGUGUCGUAAACGCUGAUUGGCUAAUAACAUGACAGCUCAAGUAGACGUUAGAUUAUGUAAAUUAGGGGGCGGUUGAUGGCUUGUUAAAUGAAUGUAUCAGGCGCUAUUUUUUUCCCUCUCGAGCCAAAGAAGCAAAGAAACAGAAAAAAAAAUAACGCCUGAUCUCAGGUUAGGCAGGAACGCAAGACGAACCCCCAAGAACGUCUGCGUGCGGAGGCUACAAAUUCCCAUGCAGCACGCGAGAAUUCACCGCGCUUGGUUGCCCCGGCGUAGUUCACGGUUUUUGCAGUUAAUGUAAUCUAUUUACUAUUUUUUUCUCUCUUUCUACAACAUUACCAUAUUACGGAAAGAUUUUAGAGGGCAACUAAGCGCGGUAAAUGCUCGCGUGCUGCGUGUGAAUUUGAUCUUAUACUAAACUCGAGACGAUAGGAAAUCCCAAAGUAAAAACUUUUCAACAACUCCGAUAUCGCUUCAAUAUUUACUCAAAUUUGCGCCUACGUUAGACAACCAGGGUUUUCGGUAGCAUUUGGAAGUACCGGAUCCAGUGGUUCAGCUGGACUCUCUAAAGUGCAAUUUCCUGCGUUCCCUGGACCGGAAUUGGGUAACCGGGAAGGUCUUUUAAGGCGUUAACAAAUGCUCACAAAAAAUAAAUAUUUGAUUGAUUUGGGAAUUAUAAUUACUGUAUGUGUAUGACAGGAGUUAUCUCUUUUUUUUUUCCUUUGUAUGCAUUGCAUAACAAAGUGAGUAAAAUAAGGGUCAAGUCUUUCUUUGGUUAAUAAAUGGAAACUUUCACACUUAAAAAAAUUAUUAUUUUGUUUGUGAACCGCUACCGGACGUUAUAUGCCAAACAACCGGACGUUGCGUCCGGCGUCCGGUCCGAAACGAAAUUCCUGAACAACCUACAAAGGUUUCAAUGGACGAGAAUUUCGCGGGUUUUAUAGUACACUGAUCAAUUGCAGCAAUGAAAUUUUUUAAAGAAAAUCCAAUGACGAAGUUUGGUUUAAUCGCUGUUUUCGUCAAACUAACCUUUGAAAUUACAAAAAGAGCCCUCAGAAUUGCGUUUCACCCUGAUUAACAUGUUUCGGUUUUUUCGAAAUUGCGCAAGUCUACUUGUGUUUAGCCAGUUGUAGAGUGUAUGAGGGUCAAUUACUAACAGAAUGAGUAAUAAAGACACUCUGGAAACAUCGAAAAAGUAGCAAGCUUGUCUGCAUUCAGUCCUGCCUUUAGUUCAUGCGUAAUUUGUACCCUUUUUGUAGAAAUUCCAAGAUAUCUCGAAAUUCCUCGAAUAGAUUUUUGUGAAACUUCGCAUAACAGAAGACAAGCACCCAGAGUAUAGGUAGCGUCAUGAAUUUCUGAAGAAAAUGCCGUUAAGGGCUCCAAUUCUAUUUAGAGCUUAAACUAUAGUGAUGUCAUUGUCACGUGAUAUUUAUUGACCUUCAUUCCGAUCGGCCAAAACAUAUCAUAAAAAAGUUUAGUUUAUGUGUAAUACUGUGUUAGAAUGGUUUUUGCAAUAAAGAUAAAUUUGUUCAAGUCUAAGAUAUUCAAAGAUGGAAAGUGUACUUACGAAAAUACUGGGUCGCGCCACCUUAAGAUGAUUCCCUGGUUUUGCACUGCGCAUCUCUUGCUGCGCAUAACAAGAUGGCCGCCGUAAAAAAGAGCAUGUGAAGUAAUAUUAUUAAAAUGAAGUUGACUGAAGAAAAACGCUAUUAGAAUUUUUGCUUGCUGUUGUUUCUUGCUGAGGUGAGACUCAAUGUGUUGGGAAUGUGCAUAACGUAAGCAGGAUGCGUGUUGCUGAGUUCGACUUCCUCUCGGAGAACCUCGAUAGUGGAUGUUUAACUUGUGCUUACUCACUUUGAUUUUCAUUUAAACGCUUUCUUUAUCACAUUGUGUCCUAAAUGUGAUAUCUCGAUGUAAAUUCUCUAAAAACGGAUUUUUUAAUACUCUCUUCCCCAUUCACAUACAUUCUAUUUUGAAACUCGCCCCAGUCCUCUCUCAAAAAUCGGAGAAAAUGCAUUUGGUGAGCACUUUCUGCCGCUCUACCGCAAAAACGAGAACGGUAACCCCAUUUUUUAUUUCAUGAUUUUAAUAAGGACAGUGCUUCCUUUCGAUGAGAAAAAAAAUUGGCACAAAUCUAUGUUCAGUUUUUUGGCAGUUUUACUAAAUUGUACGGAUUGAGCUAUCACGGGUCGAAUAGCGCGUGUCCAAUUCAAUUCUACUUUAAAAAAACAAGGGCAUUAAAAGGCAUUUUUCUGGUACGUAAGUGGAUAAACAAUACAUUAAAGUCAAAUUCUGUGCGAUCACGAAAAUAUCUCCUUUCUGUUUAGUUUUGAGCUGCCCGAGUUCUUUGUAAAAGGGUUCCAAAUAGCCGUAUUGUCAGCAUUGUGACGUCAAAACUAGUACGGUGACCCCCACUUUUUAUUACUUUUUUAUCAUCUUCUUGACUUGUUACAUCAGUGUACGAAGUUUCAUCUACAGUCUAUGUUAGGUUCUUUUACUAAGGAAUCACGUUAAGUGGUUCAAAAUCGAUAAAUUCACAGGAACCAGUUCACGUUGCAAAUGUCCAACUUGGCCGAGGCCAUCGUCAGUUGCCUUCAGAGCUGGAUGGAUCUCCCCUUUUCUUCUUGAUAACAAGACGCUGUGGUAGCGUAUAUUAGCGCGUCGAUGUACUAGGCGUGUGUGAAGUUUUUACUUCGGCGGAGCGCGAAUUAAAGGAUUCGCGACGCUCAGGAAUGUAUCAAAGUUGACAUUUUUGAUACAAGGUUGGGCACGCAAAGUCUUUAGGUUUUCGGUUUUUAUUCGGCUAUUUGACGAAGUGAGAGCCGAAUUAGUUCGAGAUAUCUCGAGAUCACUUCGAUUUCUUUGAUUUAUUCUUUAACUUAUUCCAGGAAGAAAGAAUUAUUAUUUGGGCGUGGCCCAAAUGGAGUAAUUGAAACGGCUUGUUUUGACGCAAAAGUGCAAUAGGCACGCAAUACGUGCUAACGUAUACAAGGCAAGUAAACAAGCCAAGCGAGGCGAAUGAUUGCCAUGCGAACGUUUUGUACAAGGUAAGAGGUAUAUGGGAAAGAAAGCCCUGCUACCACGGCACUUUAUCGCACUCAAAGUUAAUCUGAAGUAUUUUUACCUCAUCGAAAUUUGGAAAUUUAGGAUUUGGUGAAUAAACGUAAAAGGAAUUGGCUUAUUCGCUUAUGCUUGGUCGGUACUAGAGGUUUGAAUAGACUCACGUGCCGUAGUUACUAAAACAUGGAACGACCUAAAACCAUCUACAACCACCUAAAACCACCUACAACCACCUCGAAAAAUUCAACAAUCACCUACAACCAUCUACAACCACCUCAAAAACAUCUACAACCACUCGUAAACAAUCUAAAACCAUCUAAAACAAGGUAUAAAUGUCUGAAAUAAAUAAAUAUUGCGUAAACAAAUGAAACGUGAACCAAAACGUCUCACUGGUACCCAGGGUAGAAAAAGCCAAAUCAAGUCAGUUAUUUUAUUUUAUUAUUUUUUGUGACUUGAUAGUUCAUUUUGUAAAGUUCUUUAAGUCUUUUAAUAUACUUAGCAUGAUCUCGCAUUUCAUUUCGUGACUUAAGCCAAUGGUUGAUGAUACAAGGGACCAGGGAGAGUAAGAUUUUAGGGGGAAGUGGAUGUUUUGUUCGAUUCUCGUAUUUCAUGUUCGUGACAUGUUGUCGUCUCGCCUCAUUUCAGACAUUUAUACCUUGUUUUAGAUGGUUUUAGAUUGUUUGCGAGUGGUUGUAGAUGUUUUUGAGGUGGUUGUAGAUGGUUGUAGGUGGUUGUUGAAUUUUUUGAGGUGGUUGUAGGUGGUUUUAGGUGGUUGUAGAUGGUUUUAGGUGGUUUUAGGUCGUUCCAUGUUUUAGUAACUACGACUCACGUGCGUGUUUACUCGUGAGUGUAAAAGUCACGUUGUGGGUAAAGUGGAGAUAAGAUUUAUGAUUCAAACAAUGUGUGUUAUCACGUUGAUGGUAUUGCUGGGUAAACUAUUGCAGUAUGUACUCUUUUGGUGCAGGUCAUUGGGCUUUUCAAAAACACGCGAACUCUGAAGCUCAACAGCCGCCUUCACAGUUACGUUUUUCGCUGCUGUUAAUCGUCAUUACGAUCACAAGCAACGAACCUUGAAACACAGAAACUCACAAAACGGAUCGAAAUCCACCAAUCAGAAACCAUGACCUUUUGAACCCGUUGAAAUAAACUGGUGUUUCCUAAGAGGUCCGCUAAGAUGAUUGGCGUCUGACAUUUUUUUGACGAGAUGAUCGAAAUGCACCAAUUAUAGACUCAAUUGUACAGAAGCAGAAUUGUGUUGUAGAGGGAGUAAAAGAUCUCGUCAUGCAUGGGAAAUUUAUUAAUUACAGAACUUACAAUUCCGUUGGUUUAAAUAGGGUUAGUCAAUUCUCUCGAUGCAGUCGUGCGAAUUGACCACUCCAGAAAUACCAUAACAUACCAUAAUGCUCUUUGUUUGUCACCCCAAAAUUUUGCAUAAGCAUUGUCUUCAGUUUCUCUUGGGAGUUAAAAUGGCCCCAAGAGAAACUGAAAACAAUGCUUAUGCAAAAUUUUGGGGUGAUAAACAAAGAGCAUUAUGGUAUGUUAUGGUAUUUCUGGAGUGGUCAAUAGCAGACUGCCGAUGAAGAAAAUGAAACCUAUGUUACAGAAAACACGUGAGAGUUUUUGCAUGGAAGGGUAUAGAGUGUUUUCACAUGACGUCACGGCGGCCAUAUUGGUGUCCCAAGACAAUGAAACGGCGGCCAUGUUGGUGUCCCAAACAAAUCCUGUGGGAGUUUAACUCUUUUCUUAUGCAAACGCCCUCUUUUCUUCCAAUAUAUUUGCAUAGAUGCUGACCACGUGAGUGAAAACACUCUAUUCGGAAAAAUCACCAUUGUCGUCUAAAAUUCAUUGUUAUAAACAGGUAUAGAAGUAACUGUAACAGUGUGAGGUUUUUACUUGAAGGGCAACUCCAAAAUUAGUUCGUAAACAAGGGAAGGUGUAUCUGUCGUCUAAGUUGAAUCACCGCGUUAAUUUUGGCCUUGUACUGAUAUCGAGAAGGACCUUCAGUUUAUGUAGAUGCUACAAAAACAAUUCAUGCUCCAUACUGUCAAGGAAACGUUGCAAUGGUAGUCUUUACACUAGAGCCUAAAUAAGCUAAGAAAUAUUUCAAGACAAGUAAAUUUUAUAUUUUUCAAGUAAAAGAAAGCUUCACACACAACCUAUCUUUUUUACUUCACGUUUACUUAAGCCUAUUUUCCCACGCAACAUAAUUAAGAUUGAUUGACAUGCGUCACCUUUCUCAAAGGUUCGCUAAGUCGAUUUUAAGGAUGGUUUUCAAGUCACUUGAAACUUUCUCGAAUUGUUUCAACUUUCCGACUUUAAUGAAAUGCAAAGUAAAGUUACUUGAGAUUUUACUUAGGCCUUCACACACGCAUUUUUGGUUAAGUAAAACUUAGCAGCUCUUAAGACUUACUUAACAGCCUAGUAUAAAGAUAUCUGGGGAAAAUGCUGGACAACAAUGUGUUGCAAUGAGUCUGUACGCUUUAAUUUACAGUGAGAUAAGAAGGAUUACUUCAGUUGGUAUGAUAGUGAUUGUUGGUAACUAAAUAUAUUCUAGUCUGUCAGUGCUUGCAAGACAAUCUAUGUUAAUGUUAACAGAAUUGUUAGGAAUGGUUAUAAUGUUUGAGUGAUUUUUCCAGCUUGAAUACAGUGAAAGGUAGACUUGUAACAUGCAUGAUGAUGCUAGAACUGAGGGGUAUCAUUACUGUAUAUGCCACUGGGUCAGCAUCUGAAACUCUCUUGACUCUGAACUGCCACUGAUUCAUUUUAACGGUGGGAAUUAUUCGUGUUGCUAUCUACAGCAUUGAGGGAGGGGGGUAUAAAGUAUUUGAUUCUCAUGCUAGCGAUAUGUAUGGUAACAGUCAUAGUGAAGGGACAUGUGUAUUGUUGGAAAUCAAAUCCAUGCAUAAAUUAGUACAAUAUUUUCAGAGUCUAUAUGGGAAUGAGGAUAUAUAUGAGCUUAAAGGUGUACAUAUUGCGAACUUUGAAGUUGAAUUUUGUGUGACAUCUUCUUUGGCGCUCGACAACUGAGAGCAAAAUAUUGUUAAACUCUUGGUAAUAAGCCAAACCAUUCACACCGUGUGCUGCAAGGACAAUUAUUUUCCAAAGGGAAACUUAAAAUUAUUUUAUAGUUUGUUUCACUCAGUGUACCUUGGUUUUCCAAAAAGUUUGUUUUCUAUUGCCGAUUUGUUUGCCGGGCGUUAUCUGUGGUUCGUAUGUGACGAAGAUAAAUGCUGUGUUGUGACACAGCGCGCAGCUGCUUGUUUACUUGGCUUCUUUACGUUCGCACGUAUUGCGUGCCAAUUGUAACUUUCAAUCAAAAGAAGCAAACUCAAUUACUCUAUUUAGGCGCCCAAAUAAUAAUAAUAAUAAUAGUAAUAAACUUUUCACCGACACUGACGGCGAAAGCGGGCACCACAGGCGGCCCAAACUCUGUGGGAGUUCGUUGCACUUUGAAUUUAGAAGAGAAUGUAUGAAAAUAAACAAAAUACGUCCUAAAUUCCAUUUUUUGAUAAAGAUAGAAAUAAAAAUGACUUACCUUGUGUUUUUGUUUUGUUUUUUACUGUCUCUUCGCCCCUAGAGCCAUUUGGAAGCCGUUUUAUUGACGUUUAAGCUUUGGGUGUACUAACAGUAAGAAACAUAGGCACGUUUAAAGUACAUGAGCUAUUUUGAAUGCUUCAGUGUAACCGUAUCAACAAUCUACUAUUUUAAUCCUAAAUUAAGACUUUUUGCGCGAAAUUGGGUAUUGCUGUACAUUACUGAAAAAGCGAACCGCUGCGCACAACUGGGUCGAUCUUCAUACUAUAGAUUCACGUUUGUUUGUCUUUUCCUGCAAAAUAAACAAAUUGUUUAAGUCUUAUGAACAUCAACUCACCAAACGUUGCUUAGAGGAAAGACUCGAAGGUUUCAAGGUUUCUUCAUGGAAACUUAAGAUAAUGAAGCUUGUCGAAUACCAAAUAGCUAAGAAAUACCCCGAUUUUCGUCAUUUUUGUAGAUGGUUGUAUCAUCAUUAUUCACGAGGUUGUCACAUGCGAUUCUACUCCAUGAAACAGGCUUUAACUCUGACGACUUGAUUGUAAAAGUGAUAUAAGUUAUUGAUUCUUAAAAAAAAGAGCCUUCGCUUAAGGUACUAUUUACAAAACUAAAGAUGUCUUCAUACAUUCAACUUACAAUUAUUACUGUAAAAAGCCAGUCUGCAUAAGAUAUGCAGUCACGCAGUUUGCACGUGAAGGAGUUAGUCUUUGCCCCUUUCAUGGUUCGUACGCGAGGGAAUUCAAGUCAUCACACAGCAAUCCAGGAUUGUACAAGAACCCCAUAAUGAGGGUACAUUGGUUUGCCGUCUUUCGUGACAAACUGGCAUGCUGCGCCAAAAUUACAUCCCUGCCAGGCUUAGGGCUUCGUCACGCGUUCCUUCCCCCUGAGUGACGAGGCAAAGAACGUCCGAGUGGGAAGCUAAAAUUGUCUCCCUUUUUUAAAAUUCUUGUCUUGGUUAAAGAAAGUAUAAGAGAUUUGAAAUGCCUUCGCAGUCUGUUCAAAUAUUGCCGCCCCUACAGCGGAAUAUUAGCCAGCGAAAGCGUAACCGCGGCCUCUCGUUUGUUUUUCUUUAAGUUCGCGCACCAGCCCAUUCCGAAAACGCUCAGUGUCAUUUGUUAGUGUGGGCCUACCGCGAACAGUAUGUGCAUUUGAAACAUGCAAUUAAAACUGUCUUUCUAUGACUGGUGCAUUUCGAUCCUCUCGUCAAAAAAAUGUCAGACGCCAAUCAUUUUAGCGGACCUGUUAGGAAACAAAAGUUUACUUCAACAGGUUCAAAAGAUUGGUGGAUUUCGAUCCGUUUUGUGAGUUUCUGUGUUUCAAGGUUCGUUGCUUGUAACCUUAUUGUGACCAAAACCUGACGUUAAUAUUCCAUAUAUUUUUUAUAGAUUUCAUCCCUGGACUUCAGACUUCCAAAUUUCGAUGAGGUAAAAAUACUGAAGAUUCAGAUUAACUUUUGACAUCGUAAAGGUGUGAUAAAGUGCCGUGCUAGCAGAGCUUUCUUUCCCACAUGCCUCUUACCUUGUAUAAGACGUUCGCAUAUUGCACAUUUGCGUCGAAACAAGCCGUUUCGAUUACUUUAUUUGGGCCACGCCCAAAUAAAAAGGAAAGAAGAGCUAACAAUCCAGACUGAGACUUUUUGCCAAUUACUUUCUCGGUCCGCCAACUUUUGUGUAUUAAAAAUUGAAGCCUCCUUUUCCCCGUAUUUUCUAAAGCUUGGAUAAAGUAAAUAAUGUGUGUUCAUGGAACAUCUUCACAACGGUGACAAAGAUCCUCAAGUGUGAAAUGACGCGAGAAAUAUUUGCUUAUAAAUGCAUGCUUCACGCUUGAUUAGCUUUCCGCUAAAGAAACGUGAGUUCCAUCACGUCAGAAGAGAAAAAUGUAACAAAAUAAAAUAAUUCGCAGUGACGAGAAAUACUGCUGCAAGUAAAAUAGGUAAUAGCGUCAUUUCGUUACUAUGACAACUCCGAUGUCAUUGGAACCCUGAUCAUAACAAAUUUUGAUCUACUGUGGUGGCAAUUUUCCAAAUCUUUGUUUAUGGCGACGUAGUUUAUGCUCAAUCUUGGGAAGUAUUGACCCUAAAAAACUGUAUCGAGCCACCUUAAGUUACGCAUCUGUACUAAUAAAAUAAAAUACAUUUCCAUAACUACAAUAACACUUAAGCAGCAAGCAUGUAUCAUGUUCCUCACCUAAUUCAUGUUUUUUUUUGCCGGUACGAAAAAGGACUGUUGAGCUUUGUAAGCGAGAGAAUAAAGCUUGUUUACAGGAUUAAAUUGGUUUGGAAGAAAAUAAAUGUUUGGCUAUCAACCUUAACGUUGCAUGAAGUAUAAUUUAAUCGCAGAUGUUGUGAAGCAGAGGCGAUUUCUUAAAAUCGUUUCAGCAAAUUUUCUAGGAAACAAUUUGUGCUCUUUACGUACGAAUUGUAAAAGGCACAAAGUCCAACAUCUUAACGUGCAAAUUGUGUACAUGAGUUAUUUUUAUAAUCCUGCUUACUGGAUUACUGUGAUAAUAAACCUCUUUAGCUUGUAUUUUUUGUUUUCUCAAAAGAAGUCCCAAGGGAACUUGAACUAUUGUCUUUUCAUAAAUUAUGCGUGGAUAUGCACGUGAAUAAGACGAAAUUUGAAAGAAACGGUUCUCUAAAGUGUUAUCACAUGACCUGUAUUGGAAAAAAAGCGUACAAGCUAAAAAGGUCUAUUGGAAUUCCCUCUCGUAAGAACCACGAAAGGGGCAAAGUCCAAUACUUUCAGGUCUGCAUGAGAUGUGCAGUCACACAGUUUGUACUGGCUUUUCGCAGUAAUAUUAAAAUAGUAACAUGAAUGUAUGAAGACCUCUUUAGUUUUGUAACUAGUGCCUUAAGUAAAGGCUCUUUACUUUUACUCUGCUACGCGCGCUCCCGUGAACACCAGACAAAACUUUUGACAUUUUUUUGACAUAUUUUUGACAAGUUGGGAUGUCUGAUGUCGGGCAAGUGGCCAAUCACAGCGAAGAAAAUCUUGUAACAAGGCGCGGCCGAACAACAAGUUGAUCCCGGCGCUACCGAAGAGAGAGUUUUCAGUAAACAGCAUGGCGGCUUAUCAGGUGAAGGUAAAAUACGGAGAAGAAAGGUUUUGCACUUUCUUAAUCAAGGAUAUCACUUUCGCGAAGCUUAUGCAGGAGAUAAAACGCAACUGCUCGCCACUCGCGCACUUACCUUCUUCAAACAUUCGUGUACGUUAUCGAGACGAAGACGGUGAUAUGAUCAAUUUAUGGGACGAUUCAAGUGGAUGUUCGUUUGGAGAAAUGUUGAGGAGUGCCAAAGAAGUAAAAGAACGGGAUUAUAACAAAAUAUUUCUACAAGCAAGUGAAAUAGAUUCACCGCUACCCCGUAAAAUGAGACGAACCGACCUGGGAAUGCCGAGUUCGGAAGCUGACAACGCUGACAACGAGUCGCUGCCACCGAAGCAUUUGUCUUUCACACCAGACGCCGUGCGUCCCGCAGCAACAACAAGCAACCGCGCUGAAAAAAGUCCUUUGGACUUCCAGCGACAGGAAAUUGAAGAAAAUGUGCAGAUUUUGAAAGUACAAGUUGCUAGCGCCAAAGACGAAUUGGAGAAAUUGAACUGUGAAUCCAGGCACUUUCAGUCUCUAAGUGAAAUUCGAGGCCGGCUGUGUAACAACUGUCAUUUCUGUGGGCAUACAAAAGUGUUCAAAAGCUCCUUGCACGAACAUAAACGCAUGUAAAAUAAAGGAAAAGCACCCCGAGCACAAAGCUAAAAUUAGCCAACUUCAGCGGGAGAUAAGAUCUCUUGAAAACAAGGCCCAAGAAGAGGAAGCCCACCUCAAAGGUUUUACAGCUGCACGUGAGCGCGCAAAGUCUUCGUUUUUCUACGUAAUGAGACCUACAUUGAAAAAGCAAAACCAAGUUAAAUACUCAAACAGAAGUCGGUUGGACAGAGAUCUUAUAAUUUUACAAAGAGCGAUAAAAAAGGUUCCCGAUUGGUCCGAAGAUGAAGAUUGGAGACUUCCGCUGAUUAUAGAACAGUACGAGAACUCGAAUGUAAACAUUUAUUUGAACGAAUGAACUACUAUUCCAAGCAUUCUAUGACAUUUUUCAUCUUUUGUGUUGCGUUUUUCAUAUUCCCUUUUCAUUUUUAUAAAAGUAACUCAUGUAGAAUGCAAACAAAACAAAGUGUAAACUUAUUUGAAUGAAGCAUGUUGUACGUUUAUUAGCUUCUUCUGAGAUUUCUAAUCAUGUUAAUUUGUUGGUUAGAAGGUUAGAAGACGUUUUUUUAUUCUCGGUAUCAUGUAGCGUUGAGACUGUAAGAGUCAUUUGUUCCGUUUCAGAUGUUUUUUUCAGUAAGAAAUUAAUGGCGAUUAGUUUGAGUUAUGUACUUUCUGCCCUGCUUCGGCGGUCUGUUCAACAAUGCCAACAUUCAACAGUGUUCAACAAAUAACGAAUUGAUUUCGCUUAAAAUAUGUAAGUUGUGUUCAAAGGCAUUACGUACAUUUUUUAACUUCAGUUUACUGGACUUUGUAAUUACCAACUCCUAACUUAAAAAUAUCCACAGUGCUUGAAAUACGCAUCAGAGUUAUCCGCGGUGAUGUUGAGGAUCGCCUGUGCUAUUGCGAUUUUUGUUUCAUUGACAGCUAGCAUGUUGUGGCGGCAUAAAAAAGCUUUUAUUGCAUUAAAGCAAUAUUCGCAAGUAUUAAAAUGCGGUGAGUAAGGUGGCUGAAAUAAUAGUCUUACACCGCAAUCCGCUAACUUGGCCUUGAGCACUGGUUCAACACGAUGGCCGUGGUGAAAGCCACAAUUAUCCAUGAUCACGCAAUCUCCGCACUUAUGUCCAGAAAUGCAUGCAAUGGCGAAAAUGGCGAAAAAUCGCCAGCCGCUGGCGAUUUGAAUUGGAUGCCAAAAGUGGCCCCUUGGAGGCUGGCGAUUUUGGCAAAAAUGGCGAUUUUGGCGAAAUUGGCGAUUUUGGCAAAAAUUGCCAUGCAUGCCAUGGCGAAAAUGGCGAAAAAUCACCAGCCUCUGGCAAUUUGAAUUGGAUGCCAAAAGUGGCCCCUUGGAGGCUGGCGAUUUUGGCGAAAAUGGCGAUUUUGGCGAAAUUGGCAAUUUUGGCAAAAAUCGCCAUGCAUGCAAUGGUGAAACUGGCGAAAAAUCACCAGCCUCUGGCGAUUUGAAUUGGAUGCCAAAAGUGGCCCCUUGGAGGCUGGCGAUUUUGGCGAAAAUGGCGAUUUUGGCGAAAUUGGCAAUUUUGGCAAAAAUCGCCAUGCAUGCAAUGGCAAAAAUGGCGAAACUGGCGAAAAAUCACCAGCCUCUGGCGAUUUGAAUUGGAUGCCAAAAGUGGCCCCUUGGAGGCUGGCGAUUUUGGCGAAGUUGGCAAUUUUGGCAAAAAUCGCCUGAGGGCUGGCGAUAUGUGGCAAAAUAUUCAAAUUGGAUGCCAAAAGUGGCCCCUUCAAAGGAGAUAACUAAAGAGGUCCUUAUAACUGUGAGGCAACAGUACUAAAAAAAAGUUCAAAUUACUUGCCUAAUAAGAGGCCCCAAUAACUGUGAGGCAACAUUUAUCAAAUACAACUGAAUCAAAUAUAUGACAAAACAGCUUUACCUAACUGUCAAACAACAUUAUUUUAUCAAAUAAAACUGAAUCAAAUAUAUCUGAAAACAACAAAUGCAAGUCGUUUCAGUUAAGCUAAUAUGUAUUUGUGCCAUGUACUUCACAGGUUAAGUAAGUCGCUUGACUUACCAAAAGUGAUGUGAUGCGCUGAAAUAUCACACUAGCAUCAUUUGCUUUUGUAUGGUUCAUUUCCUUUCAAAGACUUACAAGUCCACUAAUUACUCGAGGAGAGAACUACCAAGUCCUUGAAAUCAUAAUAAUUCCUUGCCAUGGACACUCUAACUUUUGAGGUUCGAUGUAGACCUUAACAAUCCUCACUGGUUACAAUUCUCUUCACAUUGGUUCCAUUAAAUUGUGAGGCAGCCUUAAAUCAAAAGCGAUUGCGAAACGCAUGGUUCCUGGCUAAAAGAUGCUUUCACGAUAACCAGCUAGCGUGUGCCCUUCAUUCUUUUUUGGUUCUCCACUAUACACAUUAUCUUCUUCCGUCGUUUUAAACUCUUCACUUUCUUCUCGCACUUACUUGCUUUGCUCUUUAGAGAAACGGUCCCCUAAAAGUAACGAAAGCCGAAAUGUCCAGCAGCUUGCGUGCGCCAUUUUGAAAUGUGUGAUUUCGCUUAUUUCCACUCUAUGUAAACCUGCACGAAAUGUAACUUGUGCCCAACACUUCACCGCAUUUAUUGAACAUAAACAUUGGAUCAAAGCAAUAACUUGUUUGUCUCUUUCAUAAAACAUAUCCCAUUCAAACUAAUUCUGUAUCUUUUCAUCAACUAGAUAUAUAAAAAGAGAGUGUACAUGUUUGUCUCGUUCUUCAAAAAUGUGUCCCAUUAUUGCUUUAGGAGGUGGGGCCAGAAAUUUAGAAAAUGUAUUGUUUUUUUGCGCUGAGACCACCAAACCAAUUCUCAAUACAAUAUGUUUCCAUUAAAUUGCUAAUGCUAAUGCUCGUCGAAACACGUCACCCGGCCUUUUUACCUUCUAUUUUAACGAUUGCCUGAGAGUCCCUGUGAACGACAUUAAUCGUUUUGCUUACAUAGAGGAGCUAUAAACAUAGAGUGACCACCAAAGUCGGCUGGGAAUGACACUAAUCGUUUCUACUUACAUAGAGUAGUUAUCCAAAAUCGACUAUUUCAACAUGGUCGCCGCGUCUGUAUAACAACUACUAAACCUUAUACGUUCAUGUUCUGUGAAACUGCAAUGAACCAGCUCGUUUAUAUAUACUUGUACGAUUGAACGCCAUUAUAACAAACAGGAUGGAUAUACAAGGCAAUACGGACCAUCUAAUUAUCUGAAUGCGUAGCCAAGAUACCAACCUGGAUUCCUCAUAACAUAUAAUGUUGAACUGUCGCUAUUCAAACAAUGCCUACAAGCCUGGAAAAUUAAGGAUACCUAUCUUGGGUUUUUUGGUAAGAAAGUUGCCAUGAACAUUACGAAGAUUACCAUUUACUGAUAAUUGAAUACAACUCGUUGGCCAUUCGAUUUGAAUUGAGCAAGAAAUUAGUUAUAAGUGGUAAUUCCCGACCGAACACUCUUGUGUGGGACGAAUUUCAAAUCACAAGAGGUUAUCAAUUAAAGGUAAAAGCAUUAAAAACAGAUUAAUGACACUUAGUGUCAUUAUUAGUAUACAAUUAUACUAUUGGAAACAUUUUUAUAUUAAUAUGUGGUUAACUAUUUGGCAAUUAAUAGCCAUAUUUUCAAAAGGGACCCUUUGCUAUGUCAUUUCAAUUUGUCUUGACAAAUUGGGUAUUUCAUCGAGUAAUUGCCAUUUCUGCCAAAACACGUUUUAAGAACGAGGCCAACAUGCACUCUAUAUUUUUUUUUUAUUUGUGGUUGAUGAAAAGAUACAGAAUUAGUGCACGCCAUUUUCGCCAAAAUCCUCACUUUCCAAAGGGCCCCUUUGCCAUCUCAUUUGAAUUUUUGUUUACAGUUUGGCGAUUUUGGCGAUUAAGCGCCAUUUCUGCCAUUUUCGCCAAAUACGCCAUUUUCGCCGAAAUCGCCACUUUCCAAAGGGCCCCUUUGCCAUCUCAUUUGAAUUUUUGUUUACAGUUUGGCGAUUUUGGCGAUUAAUUGCCAUUUCUGCCAUUUUCGCCACAUACGCCAUUUUCGCUGAAAUCGCCACUUUGCAAAGGGCCCUUUGCCAUCUCAUUUGAAUUUUUGUUGACAGUUUGGCGAUUUGGUAAUUAAUUGCCAUUUCUGCCAUUUUCGCCAAAUCGCCAUUUUCGCCGAAAUCGCCACUUUCCAAAGGGCCCCUUUGCCAUCUCAUUUGAAUUUUUGUUUACAGUUUGGCGAUUUUGGCGAUUAAUUGCCAUUUCUGUCAUUUUCGCCAAAUCGCCAUUUUCGCGAAAUCGCCACUUUGCAAAGGGCCCCUUUGCCAUCUCAUUUGAAUUUUUGUUUAUAGUUUGGCGAUUUUGGCGAUUAAUUGCCAUUUCUGCCAUUUUCGCCAAACACGCCAUUUUCGCGAAAUCGCCACUUUGCAAAGGGCCCCUUUGCCAUCUCAUUUGAAUUUUUGUUUAUAGUUUGGUGAUUUUGGCGAUUAAUUGCCAUUUCUGCCAUUUUUCGCCAAAUACGCCAUUUUCGCGAAAUCGCCACUUUGCAAAGGGCCCUUUGCCAUCUCAUUUGAAUUUUUGUUUAUAGUUUGGCGAUUUUGGCGAUUAAUUGCCAUUUCUGCCAUUUUCGCCAAAUACGCCAUUUUCGCGAAAUUGCCACUUUGCAAAGGACCCUUUGCCAUCUCAUUUGAAUUUCUGUUUACAGUUUGGCGAUUUUGGCGAUUAAUUGCCAUUUCUGCCAUUUUCGCCAACACGCCAUUUUCGCGAAAAUCCACUUUGCAAAGGGCCCCUUUGCCAUCUCAUUUGAAUUUUUGUUUAUAGUUUGGCGAUUUUGGCGAUUAAUUGCCAUUUCUGCCAUUUUCGCCAAAUACGCCAUUUUCGCCGAGAUCGCCACUUUGCAAAGGGCCCCUUUGCCAUCUCAUUUGAAUUUUUGUUUAUAGUUUGGCGAUUUUGGCGAUUAAUUGCCAUUUCUGCCAUUUUCGCCAAUGCGUGCAUUUCUGGACAUAUCUCAAUCUCCGCGCUCAAGCACUGCACUUCCAUCAGCUCGCUGCUCUUGAAGAACUUCGUCAAAGAAAUUAAGCAUUUCUAACCCAUUACACGGGCCUUCCAGUAUAUUAUAAAAGUCCACGCCGCAAAAUGAGUGCAACAGAUUUAUAGUAAAAUUUGCAUUAGACGCGUAACGCUGUAUUUCAAAACCAGGCUCUCCUAGUGGAGCACUCCCAUAUUUUCUGUUUCCUGUAGUUUUGAUUACACUGGAUUCAUCAAAGAAGUGCAGGGUCGUUGGAUUGAUGUCAGCUAUUUCGGUGAGAAAAUCAUCAAUUGCCGCUGUUGUCUCAGGGGUUGUGGAUUCAAGUGGAAUGGCAGUAAUUUUCUUUCUUGUCAUCACAAGAUCUUUGCGGAUGACUUUAUUGAUCUGUGAUACGCUAGGUAAAUUAGCGGGAUGGACAACACCAUCCAAUAAAAGUCUCUGUUGUAUUUCGCUCGAGUAAAUGCUUGGUUUUCUUACUUUCUGUACUUCUAUAUAUUCUAAGGCUGCUUCAUCAAUUUUUGGGCUAGGAUAGUCAACUCUUGCGGCUCUAAGGGAUGUAUUUUGUUCAUUGUAUCGAUCUAUCACUUUCUGCACAAAGCCAGGACUCGAACGAACUUCCCGUGCGAUUUGGCGGUGACCGAAUCCAUCAUGAUAAAGGUCCAAUACUCGUUCCCUUUGCAUCUCAGGAAGAGGCCUGCCAUUACCAAAACAUCCACCGUACCUAUUCAAUCUCAGUUGAACAGUAGCUGGCGUAAAAUAGUAAACAUAUCUUUUGUUAAGAGACACUUGCCGUAAUGGUUUCAUCUAUUUAUAGCAAACGCAAAAAAACGGUACAAACUCUACUUACAAACAUUUGUAACCCGAGCGUGUAGCAUUGUAGAAGUUUUAAGAGCCUUCCUUGAUCAGUGUUAUAGUAGUUACAAAGCUUAUAUUAUUUCACAAAAGGUGAACUAAAGGAAAAACGACAGAGUAAGUCAAUUGCUGGUUCACCGCUUAAUUUUCCCGCCAAUAUCACGCCGGUCAUCAAACUUGUCAAAAAUAUGUCAAAAAAUGUCAAAAGUUUUGUCUGGUGUUCACGGUAGCACGCGUAGCACAGUAAGAAUCAAUAACUUAUUAUAGUCAGGUCUCUUAGGGUCAGGAUCGUUACAGAGUUGACAAAAGCACCAAACUUUGCACAGCGAUAGCUUAUUGCAGUACCAUGAAUAUUAGAGGGGGUGCCCACUGCAAAUAUGCCACUGAAGCGUCCUAAACAGGACUUAAUUAUUGUAAAUUUCACCUACUGGGGUCCCUGUGGUGUUUUGAUUGAAAAUUGUUAUUUAAUACCUUAAAUCACUCUGAAUUCUAUUCUCAGGUUGUAAACAACAAUUUCACUCGAACAUGUGGCAUUCCCAUCCAUUUUUGCUUAUUGAUUGUAUAAUUAAGUUGAUUAUUACUGUGCCCUUAAAGCAAGUCCACAGUCCGCCCACAUUUUCAUAAGUCAUUUCUAAGAUGGCCUCGUCUUUGCUUCAUAACUUGCAAGUACUCAGCUUCUGGGGUCUCUUAUCCUUUUCUAAUGUAUUUCAAUUAGAGGAGGCCUUAUUGUGUGGCUUAAGCCUUAUUUAUCAAGUAUUACUUGUCAUUACAUGUCACUUUAAGCUGAAGAAGGCAAACAAAAUUUCAGAAAAAAGAAAUUGUCAAAGAGUCUGUUGUAUCACAUAUUAUCAGCGAUUUAUGACAGCUAUUCAUGAAGAGCAAAUAACGAAAUGACAGAACCCAAAAUACUUCUUUCCUAGGGAGGUAAUUAAUUUUUCAGCUUAACAUAGGCCUGGAUGCCUUUCAGUCUCUCUUUAUCCAGUUAUCUGCUGGACGCAAGUGCAUGUUUUGACAGAGAAGCAAGCACCGUGGCACAAGUCAUAUCAUUUACAAUUUCCGCAGUUUGUCUAAGCUUUACAAAGCAAAAACAAGCAAAAAAGAAUCUGGUCUCAUCAACGAAAAAAAGAAACAAGCUAGCCCAAGCUUCAAAAAACAGCACAGUUUAUCAUGAAGCCUCUACAUUUGGCACUGAAGCACUCAUGUCCAAAAAUAAUAACAGCUUAUCAAGUCGUAAAAGUGAGACUCAAGUGGUACAAGAUUGACUCAAAUGAUAAAUGGUGAAUAGUUUAACUGCUGAAACUGUAGAAAGGGGACCGGGCUAACUUUUAGGGCCUGUUUACAUGGAGGAAGGGGACCCCAGGUAGGAAUGGUAACCCACUUAGGUGGGGUAACCCGCCUGUCCAUAUAAUCUCUCAUUUUAACUUGAUCACGUUUACAUGAUAGGUGGGGUCACCCUUCAAGGUGGGUAGCCCGGUCUACCACACCAGGUAACCCUCUCAGCUGAGGUCAAAUUUUGCCAUGUCAACGUUUCAAGGUGAGGAAACCCAGGCUAGUCGGGGUCGGAUUCGAGAUACAUCAAAUUCGCGCAAAAUUCACUUUGGCGCUGGGUGGCUUCACAUAAUUAUUAAAGGUAACAAUAGAAAGCCACAACACUGAAGGUUGCAGCAAGAACAGCAAUUGAGCGUAGACGUGGUUUGCCAGCAUUUUUCUUGUUUACAUGGUUAGCGACCAUUCAUAUAAUCUCGAGAAACUGCACCCCAGGAUGGCGGGGUUGUAAGAUUGCAUGUAAAGGAGGGUUAUUUUUGUACCCCACCUAAGCAGGUUACCUCACCUACCUUGGGUCCCCCACCUUUAUGUUAACAGGCCCUAAGUCUCAGAAACCGUGAAACUGGUAAUAAACGGUAUACCUAACACAGGACUAGCUAUGAUACUACCGGCCAUCUCCAAGAACGUCAGCAUAGCAGCCAAAGAAGCCAUUAUAUCGGUGUAAAACGAAUAUUAGAUUGCGGUUGCUUCAUGCGUCUUGUUUUGUGACUUUUUCUGUGUUCGUUUUUGUCACCAUCUCUAAAUAUCAAUCAUGUUCAAAACACCCCUACUAACAAAAUAUUUCGUAAAGCUCUUUAGAAUGAUAUUCAGCAAUAAAAACAAGGUGUGACCAGGAGCCGAUUUCUAGGCUCCUGGUGUGGCAACAUAGGCAUAAGCGAAUGUCAAAGUUGGAGUGGUCAAAGUUGGGGCUGAUGGGCUUCUUUGUCAUGACCACUCCAUUAUUAUAAGGGACCAGGCCAUAAUUAUUGUUGACCCCUGCUUUUUUGGUAUUUUAUGUAAUUUUCCACAGCAUUAUUUUGUGAAAAGUUGGUAACUGAAUUGCUCUUGAGGAACUCAUGAUCGUAAGAUUUCGUAACCACGGGGUAUUCGCCUAAUUGCAUCAAACAAAUUACAUUCAUUUUCUUAAAUGAUGCAUCAUUGGUUGGCUAAAAGAGGCCUUGUUCCUGUAAAUUUCAGCUCUUCUGAAGUUAGUUUGUUUGUAAAUUGUAACGCACGCGACGACCUUCCUUUUUUUGAAAGAUCGUAUAGACCUACCAUUAACACUCUGGUCCAAGGGCUCUGAAGUGAAUGAGCCGCUUACAGGUGUAUAGGCAUGCGGGGACCUCAUACACUUCUUUUUAAAUGCAAAUGUGCAAAAAAUAAAGAGGGUUAAAAAUUCCUGGAAAGGCAUGUUUUACAACCUCGUCCCCAGGGCUUAAUAAAAAGGUAGAAAAAGGUAAAGCGACCAUAUUUUGCGUCAAUAACUCGUGACAGUAAUAAUAAGUGAUAAACUUGAGGUCGACGGUGCGCUCCUUUUACCCCCCUCUCUCCAUUAAUUCCCCGUUUUAAGGGUAUUUAAAGCUAGUCAAAGCUACACAGAAAGGAGAGAAGCUGAAAUAAGGAGGUGUUGAUACCGGGCUCGAACUCGGGACCUCUCGCCCCGAAGGCUGCGCACUAACCAACUGUGCCACCCUUGCUCCUCCUUUUCCCCCUGUGGACGAGGUUGACAUGUUUUAAUCAUUAUCUCAAGGACAGGGUUACCAACGAAGCAAAUUAUAAUCUAAUCUUAGCUGCACAAUUACAAAGAGGGUGCGUUGUCAGUUACGGUUCAUGAGGUCGUUCAUGUGGCAUGUCAAACUUUAACGAUUCUAUCGUUUAGGAUGUGAUACAUUUGAGUUUUAUGUUAUUGUAUGACAUCUUUGAAAGCUGGCUUUGUGAUCUGUUUAAAUUGAUAUGUAAUGAUAUCACUGGCAAGUCUUAGCAGUGACACUGAUAGCCGCACAGUCCGCACAAUGAACAUGGCCACACUUACCGUGUGGAGACUGGGCACUAGUCAGUAUUAUGUACAUGUAAAACUAUUUUGAAUAGUGUAACAACAACUAAACAUUACCAAAUUAAAAACUUAAAAAUUUGCAACAAGUGUUUUUUAGCCAAAUCAAACAAGAAGAGUACUCACCACAGGGCACCCAAUCUGCUAUUAUAGGUGAAAGUUAACCCCCCUUUUAUCUGUAAUUAGGACCAUUUGUAACGGGCACCCCCUCCAGUAUUAAUCGGUAGGUGCUAAGGAAGCUCUGUGCCAAAUUUGACACUUUUGUCACGUCUGUAACGAUCCGGCCUAUAUUUUGCACUAAGAGACCUGACUACUACUUCGGCGGAGCGCGAAGUAAAGGUUUCGCGACGCUCAGGAAUGUAUCAAAGUUACAAUUUUUUGACAAGAUUGGGCAUACAAAGUCUGUAGGUUUUCGGUUUUAUUCGGCUAUUUGACGAAGUGAGAGCCGAAUUAAUUCGAGAUAUAUCGAGAUCACUUCGAUUUCUUUGAUUCAUUCUUUAACUUUUUCGAGGAAGAAAGAGUUAUUAUUUUGGCCUUCCCGGGGUUUGAACCGACUCACCUGUGUGACCCGUCAGUUCAGAGGAGACUCUAAGUUGAGGGAUAAGCCGAUUGCGCUAUUGCGACCCAAGGUAGUUUGGGGUACGAAAAAUAGUUAUGAAAUGAUGCACUAGUUUCGGGACAAGAUUAGGCGUGCAGGUUCGUGACUUUUCGGCUUGUUUCAACUAUUUCACGAAAUGAGACCGGACUACUUCGUGAUAUCUUGAGAUCACUUCGAGUUUAGUCUUUAAUUACUCGAGGAAUAAAUAGAGGAUAUUUCGUGGCCUCGCAGAGACACGAAAGUUCUCUUUGAGUGUUGAAAAACAUUUCACGAGUGAGCCCUCCUUUCGAACUGUUUUAUGAUGAAUUUAAAGUUACACAAUGCUGCAAAAAGACGUUUUUUCUUUUUUGAGUGUUGCGUAGUAAAAUUGCUUUCAUGCGUUGCGUGACUUUCUCGAACGUUCUCUACGUUUUUGGAUUACCCAUGAAUAAUUAAUUAGGGCAUGUUUACAUUUCAGCAUGAGUCAGCAGAUUUGCAUCAGUUACUGAAAUCAUCAAAUACCGUAUGUCGAAAAGCUACUACUAUUCGCCUGCUGUUUAGUAUUUUCUAGAACCUCAUGUCAAACGGUAUACAAGUUCCAAGCGAGUUCUUUUGAAGAACUAAGUUUUUUCCCACGAGCUGGACUGCUGUGUUUAGUCAAGUGUGACGAAGGUCGAUUUUCAGGUAUUGUGUUUACAAGUUCGCGGAAGUCGUAAGAUAUCUGAAGUUCAAGUAAGAGUUUGUUAUGAUUGGUAGAGGCUGUUUAGUUUUACUCAAAGUUCAAGUCAAGUUUGUGUUGGUGGAUGCUGUGUUUUAAAGCUCUGUAAAGGCUAUGUUCCUUUGGUGUUAAACUUCCUUGAGUUAAUCCGACAUCCCUACGUGCUGAUAGUCAGUGAAUAAUUAUCCUCAAAACAUUCGAACUCAUGACUUUGAGUUUUAGCCAAUUCCAUGCUCAACGUAAUUGACUCCUUACCCAUGCCUUACAUAUCUUUAAUCAGUACAUGAGACUGCUAUGCUGUUUUUCAAGCCUGAUGUGACUAAGAAAAAUAGAGAAUUGUUUUUUCAGAAGGAUUUGUGUGGAGUCAUCAGAGCAUAACUGGGCUAACAUCUCGGAGACAAUUUGUCCCGAAAUGCUAGUUUUUGGCAAGUAGGCCUCUUGGAUGUUGCUCUUUUCAGAAUAUCCUGACAAAUCCCAUAAUUUCACAAAUUAACACCUUACUCUUACCAUAUUUGAUUUCUUACUAUUCCUCCGCAUUUACAAUUAAUUAGUUCCACAACCACGACGUCGAAGUGUACGCUCCGUAGCGUCUUGUAUCACUUUAAGAAUCAAGUCAUCAGAGUUAAAGACUGUUUUAUUAAGUAGAAUCGCACGUGACAACCUCGUGAAUAAUGAUGCAGUCAUCGAGAUACUUGUCGCGUAUAUACACGUCCUAGAAAACAGUGGGAAUUCGACCGCGAGUGUUGAUGCUUUGGCAGCGAAUGUGAGCGUAGCAACCUCGUUCCCAGGGUUCUCUCACGCGGAUGUGUGAGUGAAUGUACAACUCAGCAACGAACCAUGUCGUUUUCAUAUCGUGCAGUGAGUUCGGGUCGGAGCCGAAGAGCCGAUCUCUGUUAACGCAAAUUCCAACUGAGCGAGUGAAUAUUGAGCAAGUGUGCAUAUCGAAACCCAUCACAAAAUACUGGAAUCUAUCCGACCUGUAUGAUUGGAAGAUAAAAAAGGAAUAAAGUAGUAACUAAAAACGGUGAUACUAUAAACUUUCUCUUUCAAGCCCUCCUCUUAUAACGCCCCCCUAAAGUCAGCUCGGGUUUUAACUAUAUCGCCUGAUCUACAUCCGCACUUGUACCCUUCCAUAAAUACUGUAGUCGCGCCUACUCUUUUUUGACCCCGGCUUAUCUCCAAUCCGGUCAAAAAUGUGCAAUUACUGUGGAUGAGUUGUCAUGGAAACGAUGUAAAUACUCUGUUGAUGCCACAUCACGAGAGGUCGGAGUAGAAAAAGAACACCUUUUUUUCCCUUUUUUGCCCGUCUUGUGAUUUACCACUCAGUUAGCCCGCGUGGCAGACCUUUGAAAGGAAAAGCGAAGGGGAUUCCAGGCGAGCGAGACCGCGUGCCGAAAUUCCGUUCCCCUUCCCUUUCGACAAAUUCAGUCUGAUUUGAUUUUGUACGACUUGUUGCGGUGACAAAAUUCUGUUGCGGAGACAAAGAUUUUCACAGAAAUUCUCCAGUACACACGAAGAGAUUUGUCGCUGCGGCGUGUCGUCACAACGUGUUGCCGCAACUUGUCGCCUAGUGUGUUCCGACCUUAACACUCUCUUUUGUCUACUGAACGCGCACGCGCAGUACGCAGGAUCCUGCAACAUUAUGCUAUGAUGAUCCCUUGGUCAUGCUAUGGAGGGACGUAUUGGGGAAAAAACAAGUAAAAAUCUGAAAGAAGAUAUUAUACAGAAGAACCCCGAUCACAAGUCCAAUUUCCCUUGGCUUUUACGCUACUUUUCAGUCGGAUAACUCGAAUUCCCUAACUUCAACUAAAUUUUCUUUCCCCUGAUCAAAAUAACCCGUUAACUCGAAUUCUGGUUCCUGUAACUCCACUCGGAUGCCAUUCCAUUGGCUCUUCUUGUUGUAUAAUUAGUGACAGAACUAAAUCUAACAUAGCCUGAGAAAACAGCCGACACUUUUCGACGCCACCACUGGUUUCCCCGCGAAAUGACGUCUGAGAAACGAGCGCAGAAAUUCCAUGCUGAUAACGCGUCACUACCCAGAUCUGGGUAGUGCUUCUGAUUGGUCGUGCCGCGUGGGAAAUUUGAUUCAACCAAUCAGGGGCACUACCCAGAUCUGGGUAGUGAAACGUCAUCAGCAGUGCCGGAUCCAGACCUUGAGAUAAGAGGGGAGGGCGGUCAUCCAGACCCUUAGAUAAGGGGGGUAGCGGUCUCCAAAAAAAUUUUUCGGCCCUUCGGGCCUCAGUUUGGCCUAACAAUAAGGGGGGGCCGGCCCCCCUGGGCUCCUCUCCUGGAUCCGCUACUGAUCAGUAUAAAAUUUCUGUGCUCGUUUCUCAGACGUCAUUUGGCGGGGAAACCAGUGGUAGCGUCGCCAAUUGUCGGUUGUUUUCACAGGCUAAAUCUAACACUGGUUAACAAUUUCAGCAAUCUGAUUUUAAUUGGUGCAACGAACAGAUCACCCCUCUGACGUUUUAUCAUAAAAAAAAUGCCUAAUCAUGUUACCGUUUCUGGUGAGAAGUAAGUUAAACUUGCACUGCAGUAGCGCUGUACACUGAAGUGCUGAAAAAUCAGUAACUAUCAAUUUUUAUCACAGAAAAUUGAAUCUUGCAAUCUACCCCAAUAACUCGAACCCUCGCUUACUUGAACUGUUUUCCCCUUCCCUGCCGAGUUCGAGUUACCGGGGUUAUUGUAAUAACAUUCUAUUCCUGAGUUGACUAGAAACUAAUAAAACUCAUUUGUUUCCAUUGACUAGAAGCUAAUAAAAGUCCUUUGUAUCCAUGGCUUCUGCUUCACCUGCAACUUCCUCUACAAAAGAAACAACUAAUUAUGCCAGGUUAUGCCGUCUUCUCGUCGAUGUGGGCACUUUUGCCCUCAGGGAUUGCUUUGAUGCUAUGUACACCCCGCGAUCUCUUCACACGUUCUUAGCAGCUAGUCAACCCACUUUGCAGUCUCUGAGAUCAAGUAGGAUCAUCAAUGCUAUACAAUGGGGAAAACUCUUUCCUGGAGUCCCUUCUUCAGUGGCUUCAACAGAUUUCGAUAUCACCUUGCUGAUGAUUCUUUUAAGAAACAUCUGUGGCCUGGCUCCCCCAGCUACUUGCUGGGACGCCCUUCCUGCCGACACAGACUUCAGCCGUGAAGCAGACAUUGUACGAGUCAAGUACUUCAGGAAUACAGUGUACGCUCACGCUGAGCACGCUUCUGUUGAUGAUGCAACAUUCGACACACACUGGAAGGAAAUCCGAGACACUCUAGUAAGGCUGGGAGGAGUUACUUACGAGGUAGUCAUUCGCUAAAGUCACCUACCAUUGUUAUUGCCUUACAUUUUCACUAUGGUUUAAUAGAACAGAAAGAUCGACAGGUAGUCAAAACAGAGCUUCAUACAAAUUGUUCUUAUCAGAACCGUAGAAAAUGUAUGGACAACAGCGUGGAGAAUGUGUAUGCUGAUUUUAAUACGUAGGAGGGAUUAUACUUAUUGGUAAAAUCCAACUAGUGGUCUAUUAUUAGUGCAGUGCUGUGUUCUGAUUGGCUGAGCUACUACUAGGCUAUAUGUUAUAGCCCACUAGUAGCGAAAAGCGCCGGCUUUGAAAACCAAAACAUCGGCGGCUGAAUAGCGUUUUGACCAACUAGUUGGAUUUUACUAAAACAAUUAUUCAGCUCGUCCUCAUGGCCUCUGAAUCAAUAGCCCAUGAGGCCGAAUGGGGCUAUUGACUCAGAGAUUAACUGUUGAAUACACUGCUACACUAGUACACAGUGAUUUCUAAAAUGUUUAUCCGUUCUAUUUCAAGGUCGCUAUUGACAAACUGGAAUUUUGUAGUAUGGAUCCCAGUACGGAGCAUCACUACAAAGAACUCCUUGAUCAGUGGAAAAAUGAUGAAGAUAACAUAAGAGAUGAGUUGAAAGAAAUUGGCACCGACGUAAAAGAAGUUGCCACCGACGUCAAAGAAUUUGGAACAGUUAUAAAAGAAGUGGGAACGGACGUAAAAGAAAUUGGCACAGAUGUUAAAAACCUCGCAAAGAAGCUUGAUGACUUUGUGACAUCAACUGUGACUCCUGUCAGGGAAAUCAACAAUAAAGGCAAGUAUAUACAAAUAGACACUCUCAGAGCGCGGACUAUUUCUGCAAACACUGAGGAAAACGUCAACUGAGGCAAAAAAAGUAAAGGUCUUGCGUUUUAAAAUUGUCUUGAAUUUAAGUUACUGAUAAGCAGCUCUCAGCUAGCACAGAUCUGCGAAAACCGGGUUGACUUUGAAAACACUACCGUGAGAUGUUUACAGCCAAUGGCAAUAAAGUUAGUUGUUUCAAUUAAAUCGUCUUGAGAUCCAGAGGAAAAUUAGAAGGACAGAGGAGUAAACAAUAUUUCAUCUGUAAGGUUACCACACACCAAGCUCUUAAGGUUAUGUCACACGAGACGAUUCACAACGAGGAUUUUUAGGGCAACACAGCGUUGCAACAUUGUUGCGACGUUGUUUCGAAUUGUUACAUCAUUGUUCCAACAUUACAACAUUGUGUUGCGCUUAAAAUCGUCGUUGCGAAACACCUCACCUUAAAAGGUCAUGUUACACGGGGCGAUUUGCAACGACGAUUUUUCAUGCAACAUAGCGUUGCAACUUUGUUGCGAAAUUGUUUCGAAUUGUUGCAACAUUGUUAGACUUGUUACAACAUUGCACUGCUUUGUUUCGUUCAUUAAAUCGUCGUUCAAUCGUCCAGUGUAACAUCACCUUUAAGAUUGCUGAGAAGGCUUGUAAGGGCGUGCUACAAAAGUGCGAAAAAUAAACACAAGCACAGAAGCCUGCGUUUAAACCAGUGAGACGCAAGGACAUUUACAGGCAUCGUGAACUUGUGCCCGCGAAAUGCUUGCGUCGUCCCAUUUUGUAUGUACAUCAAAACGACGCAAAACUCUGCUGGUUUCAGUUUAUUCGUACAGCUGCCAGUUUACAGCCUAGCGAGGGAUUGCGAUAAACGAAUUUCUAGUUAGUGGAAUUUGGCUCGGGGGCCUGAAAGUUUGUGUUAGGUCUCUGAGCUCCGUUUACUCUUCAAAGUGCGGUACUUGUGUGAGCGCGUUUAUGGGUACGAGUUUAAUUGUGAAUAUACACAAGACGUGAUGUUAAUUCUUACGGAGAUAAGGCCCUGUUCGCACUACGACAAAAAAUAGAGUUUGGCGGUUGGAGAAAGUUUGAAAAUUUCGUAAUCACCAUUUUUUGCUUUUGCAACCUUUUUCGCAUCCGAGACAAGUAAAAUGUUUUCUUCUGAGCAGAAACGUCAAUUAAAGGAACUUUAAUUGGUCAUAUUCUUGAAAUAAGAUGACCCGACUACGGGACGAUUCGCAACGACGAUUUUCAGCGUAACACAUCGUUGCAAUGUUGGAAUAAUGUUGUACCUAUUCGAAACAAUGUCGCAACUAUGUUGUAACGCUGUGUUGCGCUAAAAAUCGUAGCUGCGAAUGGUCUCGUGUAACAUCACCUUAAGGAUAGUUGUCAAGGAACAAAGGAAUUUUUCGCCUACAAAAAAUUGUAGGCCUCCAAACCCCGGGGGGGGUACUCGCAGAAAAAUUGGGUAGGGGUGUGCGGCCCGCUUCCCAAAACCCUUACCCUAUUUAUGACCAAAAUCUGCGAUUUUCCCUACCCUAUUUAUGACCUAACCAAAAAUUUGAUACCCUAUUUAUGACCUGACCCUUAAAUCAAUACCCUGUUUCAGACCUGCCUUAUAAUUAUUUCCCUAGUUCAGACCAAUGUUAAAGGCAAUGUUUAUCUGCUUUUAUUAGGUUAGGGGGACAUGAUAAGGAAAUAGCUUCUUCUAAAAAAGUGCAUUCAAGACUACAGUGCAAAAAUCGUUACCCUAUUUAUGACCAAAAUGGCGGCAAAAUAGCCAAAAUCGAUACCCAAUUUAUGACCAAAACGGCUGAAAAACCCUACCCUUUGGGGCCGCACAUACCUAUAUAGCCCAUAUUAGGGAGUACCCCCCCCGGGCUCCAAACUUUCUCGACGGCAUCUUCGAAGCUUGGUUAAUACUUGAGAAAUUUUGGUAGGUGAAUAAAAUCGUUCGCAGUGGAAAUGGCUUUUUGUUGACAGAUUUUUUUGCAAGCAAAUAAAAUUUUGCGUAGUGCGAACGGGGCCCAAGUCUCGGUGCGGAGUAUUGGUUAUUAGACUCGUAGUUCCCCUUACGCUGUCUCAAACAGGUACUUCGUUUGGUAUGUUCCUUUGUGUUAUCAACUAACUUAACUUUUUUUCGUUUUCCGUAAGGUAAUGGGCCAGAAAUUAAUGAGAUCAUGGAUACCUCUUUGGUGUGCAGAGAGAAAUUUCACGAGAAGGAGCUUGUGGCUUCUUUUUGUAAACAGUGCAAAGUGUGUAUUUGUCGCAAGUGUGAACAGACACGUCACAGUCAUCACACAACGGUGGAUAUCGAUCAAGCUGCAGAGCAACACAGAGUCGAAAUUGAAGACAUUGUACAGGAAAUGAAGGGAAAAAUUGCUGAUCACAAAGAAAAAGCGGAAAGAACACAGGAAUUCUUCAACAGAAGUAGAGAGUGUAUUGCUAUCGCACGCAAUAAAGUAAUGACAUCUGUUGAAGAACUCAUCCGAUUUUUACGAGAAUAUGAAAAAACAACGAUAACUAAGUUAGAAAACAUUGAAGGAAAAUACCAAAGAGAGCAUGCAGCGCAACAAGAGCAUUUUGAAAUUUCUAUGACUCAGUUACAAGUACAGGUCGAGGGGUGCGAAAGUAUCUUACAGAGGAAAAAAAGCGUUGAAAUUCUUCAAGCACAUCAUGCACUUAUCGGACGGUGCAGAGGUCUUUUAGAUGCAGAAAAACUGAACAUUUACAAGCCAGCGCAUGUCAGAUACAAAAUUAAUGAAGGGCAUAAGGAAAAUUUCAGAGGUGCAGUCGAGGCAGUGGGUGGCAUUGUUACAAGUAGCACAGAUCCUUUGCAGUCGGUGGCUGAAGGAACAGGGUUACAGGAAGUUGAGGUCGGAAGGGAAGCGAAACUUGAAAUAACAACAAUAGAUUUUGAUGGUAACCAUUGCUCCAAUAAAGACGAUCAAAUUCUCGUCAAAGUUCAGUCUUCUUUAGGGGAAGAGCUGAGCCACAAGAUUUCACCCGGAAAAGGUGGUGAAUUUGGCGUCAAUUACACACCAGAUUGUGUUGGUGAACAUGAAGUGAGAAUUACGGUUAACGGAGAACCGCUGACUGGUAGUCCAUGGCGUGUUUUUGUGACUCCACAUUGUUAUAGAUAUUGUGGUUCCUUCGAACCUUUAUUAAUUAAGAAUAUGCUUAAAAGAAGAGAUCGAAUUGGGUGUCCCUGUUCUAUUGCAAUAGAUGUCCGGUCUCGCAAGAUUGCAGUGGCCUAUUAUGAAAAUAGGGUAAUGCUGUAUGAUAUUAUUUAUGACGGGGAGGAGCUGUGUUUCGAAAAGCUAGAUACUCUGAAACAACUAACUAAACCUACAUCAGUAGCAUUCACCAAGUUUAGUAAUAUUGUGGUUAUUGCUUCUGAAAAGUUGUUUCGUUUGAUUGGAGAAAACAAAUUUGUGAAACAUGUCGCCAACAAACAUCUGCAGAAACCAAAGUCCGUGAGCUUUGCAAGUGAUGGACGCAUGAUGGUGUGUGAAUACGAUACAGUCAAGGUCUUGUCCUCUGAUGGCUCACAAUUGCUACUAACCAUCAAUGAUCCUGAUGAUGCCAUCUCACGUUAUGCACUGUGCCAUCAGGACAUGUUUUUUGUUUCUUCUGAGACAGGUGUUAAGGUUUUCAGCAAGGAUGGCGUUUUCUUGUACAAUAUCGGUAACUCCGGGUCCGGUGAAGGACAACUCAAGUCUCCUGUUGGUCUUGCAAUCGACCGGUUCAAUAAUCUGGUGGUGUGUGACAGUCAAAAAGCAAGGCUACAGGUGUUUACCCUUGAAGGAAAAUAUGUAAACGCAAUAGAAGGAGAAGACACUGGACUUAGUGCGCCUCAUUUUAUUGCUGUGUCAGAAGCUGGUAAGCUGUUGGUGACUGAUAUGAACGAAAUGUGUCUUCACCUUUUCCAGUGAGGAACCAAGUUUUAACAAAAACAUCUUUCACUAUUUGAAGUCACUAAAGGAGCGAUAGGAAUUGUUUGAAGGGGCGAGAAAAAGAGAUCACUCUUUAAGCCAGGGUGAAUGGCUUUUCGAGGUCAAGG